CUGGUCUGAGCUCUCAGUCUCUCAUUCCUUAACCAUUAACCAAGCUACAAGCUUUCCUCCCGUUAUCUUUGUGGACUUCCGUUAGGGUUGCGUAGAAGGAUUGGAUAUGGCAGGUGCUGGGAUUCACCCGUACCACCACCAGCAAUGGCCGCCAGCAGCAGCGCCGCCUCCCCCAACUGCAGCCCCUGCUGCUGCUCCUCCAGCUCCUCCUGUACACCACCCUCCUCUUCCUGCUCCGACCUAUGAUGAGGUUCGGACAAUCUUCAUAACGGGUCUUCCUGAGGACGUGAAGGAGAGAGAGCUACAGAAUUUGCUGAGAUGGUUGCCCGGUUAUGAGGCAUCACAAGUUAACUACAAGGGAGAGAAACCCAUGGGUUUUGCUCUCUUCUCCUCUGCUCAACUUGCUAUUGCUGCCAAAGAUGCCCUCCAGGACAUGAUUUUUGAUGCCGAGACAAAGUCAGUGUUACACACAGAGAUGGCCAAGAAGAAUCUCUUUGUCAAAAGAGGAAUGGUAGCAGACUCUAAUGCAUAUGAUCAAAGCAAACGUCCACGAACCGGUGGUGACUAUACACACACUGGUUAUACAACUCCAUCUCCAUUUCACCCUCCUCCUGCACCUGUUUGGGGGCCACAUGGUUAUAUGGCUCCUACUUCACCAUAUGAUCCAUAUGGAGGUUAUCCUGUUGCUCCGGUACCAAUGCCAGCCCCAGCUCCAGUGCCAGCUCCAAGCAGUUAUGUGCCUGUUCAGAACAUUAAAGAUAAUCCUCCUUGCAAUACAUUAUUUAUUGGCAAUCUUGGUGAGAAUAUUAAUGAGGAAGAACUAAGGGGCCUUUUCAGCGCGCAACCUGGUUUUAAGCAGAUGAAGAUCCUGAGACAAGAAAGGCAUACUGUUUGCUUUAUAGAAUUUGAAGAUGUUAAUAGUGCAACAAAUGUGCACCACAGUUUGCAGGGUGCUGUCAUCCCAAGUUCUGGUUCUGUUGGAAUGCGAAUACAAUAUUCAAAGAAUCCUUUUGGCAAAAGGAAGGAUAACAAUCAUCCUAUUGCUUCUCCUGGAGCAAAUGGAGCUCCUCAAGCUUUAACCUACCAGUAGCUUGAACCUUGAAGGGGAUGUUCUCUGUUCUUUUUGCACCAGUAGGAUGCAUCUUGCAGCCAUUGGCAUUCAUCCAUUUCAUUGUCAACAUCAAGCAUUGGCAUCUCUUUUCAUGUGAUGAAUGCACAUAGUGGUGUCAUGAACAUACCAUUUGCUCAUGUUAUACUAUUAUACUUAAGACAUGCAUUCGUCAUGGCAUGUGUUAUAUCUGGAUAACUUGCUAGUUUUCAAAUGUUUUUACCAUUUUUAGAAUGGUGCAUGGUUGGCAGUUUUGUCUGGUUUAUUUGCUGUGCCACCUUUAUGGACUGUAACAUCGACCGUAACAUCUUUGACAUGCUAUUUAUUACUAGGCUCAAACACAUGUCACAGCAUGGCAUCUUGAGGUGAUCCAAUUACAUUGCAUCACUGACCUUUAAUCCAAAGGUUAUUCUCAGCUUCAUAUCAUGGCACUAAUACUAUGAUUAGAGUAACCUAGGAUAUCAUGCCAUUGUCACAUGCUUCCUGUGGGGUUACCAUGACCACCAUGAUCACCAUUGUGAAAGCCUAUUUUAAAAUUGAACCAAUCAUCCUUCCAAUCUAGCAGAGAACUAAUGGUUAUGUUUACAUUCAGACUCUUCAAAGCAUAACAGUAGGGAAAUUUUCAGAAAUAUGUCACUGAUUUAUAUGCAGGAUGGUUUGGAUUCCAUUUGUUCGAGAAGGCAAGGGUGCUCCAGCUGAGUUUUUGUCUCAGGUAAGCUUUACUAGAAAAGAAUGCUUGUCAAAACCCCCUAUUUGGUUGGUCAGUUUGACACCUGCUAACUUGGCAGAGACUAGGCAUUGAUGAGGAUGCUGUUUCUGCCUGUUUCGAACUUGACUCUUAACCAUUAUCCGUGUGU